GAGACCGCAGCUGGCUGUGUCUCCCGUAUAACAUUCCGGACCUUUCGAUAUAAACCUCCUCCUCCUCCGUUCAUACUUUUCAUUUCAGAACUGAUGUCGCCAACAAACCCUUACCGCUCAACCCAUUCCAGCCAACCAGCUGGGUCCUCCUCGAGCUCGAGCGCUUUUCAGUAUGGGUCUGCGGCACCCCCACGUGUGGCAGAUCCAGUAGGACUUGAAGAGGAAAUGCCCCCAGCGUACACUCUAUCUGCAGACACUCACCAUGGAGAGACCACAGUAGAAGUCGGUCCUCGCAGACCCUUCCAACAACCCCCACGACCCAGUAAUACACACAGACCAUCACAUUCACAUUCCUCCUCGCAUUCCCAUUCAUCGCAUACUACGUCCUCAUCAUCACAUUCUCAGCCGCUGUCCCCGUCCCAACAGCAUUCACAGCGCCCGCCAUGGCCAACUCCUGUCUCAUCUUCUGGCUCAAACUCGUGGUCUACGUACCCUAGUCAGCAAAACCAGCGCCGAGGGGGCGGCGUAGUUGGGGCACUCCUUGGUACAGUACGCGAUGCAGUGGAUGCUGUUUCGGGUGUACAUGAACAGCAGAUGCGGACGAUGCAGCAAUCGCAAGCGGGUACCUAUGCAGCUCCAUACCCACAGUCUUCUACCUCUGGUAUGACGCAGAGCCCUUAUACGCCGCCUUACCAGGGGGGUCAAGGACCCGUCCCUGGGGUGCAUUCUGCGCAGCAGACCCCUCCGCGGAGCAUUCCGGAUGACGGGAGUCCGACUAGAACACCCGCGCCUGGACAUCCUUUGCUGAAUAACGGACAACUCCUCGUGUACCCCAAUAAGGACCACAUAUGUGUCAAAUGCCAAAAUACCGGGUACAAAAACUAUGAUCCCUCCCACCCCUGCAGAAAGUGCUGGGAUAAAUACGGGAAACCGUAUGUCGGCGCCUUGACAUAUACAACCUGGAACACCGAGUCGUCAUCUCGUAACUCCAAGUAUCAGCGUGCUCUACCCAGUUUUGCCCCACCACAGGCAUCGCAGGUCUCAAUGCAGCCCUCGAAUUAUACUGGCCAGCCGCCAUAUGUCGCUCAACCACAGGCGCCCGCACCUUACGGGCAGCACCUAUACGUAUAUAAUCCAAUAAUAGGCAUGGGCCAAUCCCCACCCGUCCCGCAUGCCGUUCCUGUGCGCCCAGGUGACCCACGCCUGGGGGGUCAAUUGUGCUGGAAGUGCGGAGGCACAGGAACGUUACCUCUCUUGAUCAUUGACGUGCGACCGUGCUCGGUGUGCGGCGGAAUUGGACGCAUUUUGCGAUAGGUGCGUGGAUGUUCGAACAGGCGAUACUAAUAUAAAGGGAAAUUGGUACGGUUACAAAAUUGAUACGAUAUGUUAUUCACCACUGUUGUUAAUGUUUUCUGGGCGGCACACUUUCAUAUGUACUAGUAACAUUCAUCACGUUGUACUUGUUUUCGAAUCAAUUUUCAUUUUCUGAUGGGCAACAUUACCCGUACCUUCGCGCUUUAGAACAAGAGGGCUUACUACUCCCGACAUCAGGAACUGUACUUCUAUCAAUCAAGCUGAAGGCAUGUAUUACAAAUGUGUUGUGAUCGCAUAUCCUGCCAC